AUGAGUUCUUUAGUACAAUUACUGGCUUCUGAUAACCUUAUCGGGGAUAACUAUGCUACAUGGAAAUCAAACUUAAGUAUAAUACUGGUGAUAGAUGACCCAAGGUACGUUUUAACAGAGAAAUGUCCUCCCGUUCCUAGCUCAAAUGCAAACAAAAAUGUUCGGGAUGCAUACGACAGAUGGAUCAAGACUAACGAGAAAGCCCAUACCUAUAUUCUUGCCAACAUAUCUAAUGUAUUGGCCAAGAAACACGAGAGCAUGAGUACUACCAAGGAGAUUAUGGAAUCUCUACAUGGGAUGUUUGGACAACCGUUCUUCUCCCUGAGGCGUGAUGCAAUUAAAUAUGUUUACAAUUGUUGUAUGAAAGCAGUGGUCUUUGUUAGAGAAUAUGUCCUGGACAUGAUGGUCCAUUUCAACGUGGCAGAAGUAUACGGUGUUGUGGUUGAUGAAAAGAGUCAACUAGGAAUUAGUGAGGCUAGGCCCACCAUCGUGACCCUACAACUAUCUGAAAAAUCCAUAAGAUAUCCUGAAGGGAAGAUAGAAGAUAUACUUGUUCAAGUUGAAACAUUCAUCAACUCAGUCAACUUCAUCAUUCUAGAGGCUAAUACUGACAUCCCUAUCAUCCUUGGUCGCCCAUUUCUAUCAACUGGGCGUGCGUUGAUCGACUUACAGAAAAGUGAGCUGACUAUUCGAGUUGAUGAUCAACAGGUUAAAAUUGAUGUGUUCAAUGCAUUGAACUUCCUGGAUGAACUGGAAACAUGUCAGCGCAUUGAUGAUCUUGAAGCAAGUUGUUGGAAAAUGUUUGACGAGGAAUUGAGAGAAGAAUAA